UCUGCCUUUAGGCCCUUGCAGCUGAGAUGGGCCCAGACACUCGUGUAAAUUGUGCUGCGCCUGGUUUUGUACCAACACACUUUGCCGAAUUCCUCACGAAAAAUGCUGAGAUUAAGAAGGGCAUUGAGGAUAAAACUCUACUAAACAGGCUUGGAACCACCAAGGAUAUGGCUGCAGCCACGGCCUUCCUGGCUUCCGACGAUGCUUCUUAUAUCACUGGAGAGACGCUGGUAGUGGCUGGUGGAAUACCUUCUAGACUCUAGUCCUUUUUUCUCUGAUUUGUACUAGUCUUGCAGUAAGGCAUGGUAUUCAAGUACACAAAUAAUAAAGAUUUGAGGAAGAUCUUCAGCGCAGUUCUCAAUGCAAUAAUAAACAUGUUCUCUUCUUUCAAAGUA